UUUAACGCCCCCCUCUCUUUUGCUCACUCCCCUAUGUUCAGCCCUCCCACUACCGUUCACUCUCCAACAUCAUCUUGCCCACUACGAAUCGUGUCCUGCAAAAAUCGGCAACGAGCAGACGCAAUCAAAUGGAGCGCUUCUUCCUUUCGCGAUAUCUAUGUUUCGCAUUAUCGGGAUUUGAAAUUAUAUAGAACAAAACAGCUUUAAUGAAAAGCGAAAACAUUAACAGCCGCGUGUGAACACUGUCAAAACACCUCUUCCGUGUCUAAACUUUCCCCAUCUCGCUCUCUCUCGUCCACCCCCGAUCCCAAGAAUCUCUUUUUUUGCACUAUCCGCGCAGUUCGUUGGGUACUCGCUGUCGAGGUUUCGAAAUGGAUGGGGUUAUCGUUGGCUGGAUGCCUAAGUCUGCCGGGGUCCAGAGUUGCCCGCUGCAAGUGAUGCUCAGCCAGAGGAAGAUCAAAGCGAGGAGGAAGGGGCGAAAGGAGUUGUUCCUUGGACAGAUGUGCUUCAUGGGGCUUUUGCUUAUGGUGGUGUCCGGUUUAUCGCGUGUUGCUGAAAGCACAGGUUAUCGCACACCCAGCAAUGGACCAAAGGCUAUUGCAGGGUGGGAUAGCCGUCGCCUACUGCAGUACUAUGAAGACACCUACACGUACAUACCAGAAACGACAGAGGCGACGGAGCGACCGCCCAAAAACUGUACCGAACCAGCUCUUCAUGAAUUUCCCAGCGACCUUUUCACCCACAAGGAGAGGGUUGAGGGAGCUGUUGCACUACAUGUUCUAUGUGCCAUGUACAUGUUCUACGCCCUGGCCAUUGUAUGCGAUGACUACUUUGUUCCAUCGCUGGAGAAAAUCUGUGAGCGAUUGCAUCUGAGUGAGGAUGUUGCUGGAGCAACCUUCAUGGCAGCAGGAAGUUCAGCCCCAGAGCUCUUCACCUCUGUCAUUGGGGUGUUCAUUACUAAGGGUGACGUCGGGGUGGGAACCAUCGUGGGCUCUGCUGUCUUCAACGUUCUCUGCAUCAUCGGCGUCUGUGGGAUAUUUGCUGGACAGGCUGUACGACUCUCCUGUUGGACUCUAAUGAGGGAUUCAGUGUUCUACACCAUAUCAGUGACCACUCUAAUUGUGUUUAUAUAUGACGAGAAGGUAACAUGGUGGGAAUCUCUCACACUCGUGCUGAUGUACCUUGUUUACAUUACGAUAAUGAAGCUGAACUCAACUGUGGUGCGUUUCAUUGAGAGACGUAAGAAGAACUCGGGCAACCUGGGCAACGGCACAGCCAGCAACGCCGACCUGGACGAUGGUUGCGAUGCCACGGUGGUGCUGCUGAAAAAAGCUAACUUCCACCGGAAGCCGUCAGUGCUGAUGGUGGACGAGCUGCUGUCGGCCUACCCCCACCAGCUGUCCUUCUCCGAGGCCGGCAUGCGCAUCAUGAUCACCAGCCACUUCUCCCCGCGCACCCGACUCACCAUGGCCUCCCGCAUGCUCAUCACCGAGAGGCAGCGUCUGAUAAACGGACACCUCAUUAACGGCGAUUCUGACAUUUCGGCCAAACUACCGGGUCGACGUGCAGUGGAGAACGGGCUGGGGGGCGUGGAGCGUGGGCUCAACGGUCGCCGCGGGGGUCACCGUGACGACGACCGAGGAGGAGCGGAGACAGGCACGGACACGGAGAACGAGAACGAAGACAACGAGAACAACGAAAAUGACGAAGAAGAAGAGGAGGAGGAGGAGGAGAAUGAGGGGCCCUUCGUCCCAUUUGAAGUACCAGGUGGUUGCUGUAAUAAGCUGAAGUGGUUGCUUGCCUGGCCGUUGUGCCUGGUGUUGUACUUCACCGUGCCCAACUGUGCCAAUCCUCGUUGGGAGCGGUGGUUCAUGGUAACGUUCGGCAUGUCCACGGUCUGGAUCGCUGGCUUGUCCUACAUAAUGGUGUGGAUGGUCACGGUCAUCGGGUUUACCCUGGGCAUCCCUGAUGUCAUCAUGGGCAUCACGUUCCUGGCAGCUGGCACCAGUGUCCCAGACUGCAUGGCCAGCCUCAUCGUGGCACGACAAGGCCUGGGUGACAUGGCCGUGUCCAACUCCAUUGGCAGUAACGUGUUUGAUAUCCUGGUGGGGUUGGGUUUGCCCUGGACUCUGCAGACUCUGGCCAUCAACUAUGGCUCCACUAUUCACCUGAACAGUAAAGGACUCAUCUUCUCAGUAGGCCUCCUUUUGGCCUCUGUGUUUCUAACAAUUGUUGGUGUGCAUCUGAAUAAGUGGGUCCUAGACCGCCGCUUGGGCCUAGCCUGUCUGAUGAUGUACGCAGUCUUCCUCUGUUUCUCCAUCCUCAUCGAGUUCAACAUCUUCACCUUCGUCAACCUGCCCACCUGCCGAGAUGCCGCCAUCUGAAGACACUUCUUCUUUGUCCUCCCUCUCUGCCACUCUCUUCCUCACCUGUGUCUCUGUGAGGUGGAGCGCCCCAGAGCCUGCUGGGAGAGAUCUCUUUUCUCUUUUUUUUUUCUCAAUCUUUCACUGAUCUUGUAAUUUAUUGAUCUUUGGAUUAUUGUCUUUGUCUUUGACAACGGUGCAAUACAGACAAAUGCCCUGUGCCUAGUUGUUUUGUUUUUUGAGAGGGGCAUUUGUUUGAAAACAAGAGGAUCUCUGGUACUAAAGAGGAUGAUGGAAUGCACCUCGGACAGGAAAGAGACACAAAAGAGAGAUAUUUUUGAUGACUACUGCCUGAUUUGAUGUGAAUAUGGGGAGAAAAAAAGUUUUUAUCCAUUUGAAACAGACUGCAUUAGGAAAUUGAUGCUAACUCAAUUCUAUUUUACAAUGAGAUCUUUGUUUGUUUGUUUGUUGUGAGCUGCUAACUAGCUGGACAAUGAAGAGUUUUUGUUGUUCUGCCGAUAAUCAUUGGAAUCAUGGUUAAUAGUAUCAGUUAAAAUAUAAAUAUAUAAAUAUGCAUUAGUUUAUUAAGAGGUGUCUAUUGAGAGAUGACUAUUACAAAUACUGAAGGGUACUGGUGACCUGCUGCGUAUGUGUGUAUAUACAGAUCUGUACAGAUUUGAUCAGAUGUUGAUUACAGACAUGGUUGACCAUGUUCAGAUUCCUCAGACCCCUUCUCUUAACCUGGGCAUUACUGGCCUUCUCCUGGCUUUUAUACCCACCAGAGCCCCAACAACAACAUGGAAGGUGUGACACAACAUGAGUCCCCAUUGGACCACUUGGACAAACAAAAUGGAGACCUGACUGAAGCUGUUGUAUAUAGAAUGUAUUCAUGUUUGCUGGAAAUGCAAUGUGUACAUUGAUUUCAGUGGGUGGUGGAGUAGAUCUUGUCUCCGUGUGGGGUGUAUGAUUCAUUAUGUGCGGUCUUAGAAUCUUCUCUGGGGGACUUUUAAAGAGACAUUGUGGUGGGGUCAUGCAUUGGGGGAAAGGUACACCAGCAGAAAUGUAUACCUAUACAUAGAGUCUGGUGGAGGAAUACAUUUGUGUACAAAAUACUUUUUGAUGUUUGGUUUUGUCUCUUGCUUUCACUGAAACAUGUAUGUGUAUUUAAUAAUUUAUUGAGAUCUAUUUAUGCACUUUUUAGAGACUGCAAAACAAACAAAAAAUACACCCACAGCUGUCCCAAAGAACAGGUUAUUCUGGAAAUUCAGUCAAACUUAAUUUUAUGCCCAUAUUUUUUGUCCAAUCCUUUUCUACUGUAUUUUCUUCUGGUUCUUGACUUGGAGAUAUGCAUACUUUAGAUACCCCUUUGACUAUAAAUGAUAUUGUUUCUACUAUUUGUUAUAUAUUAUAUGGCAGAGUAUGGUGGGAUUAUUGUGUGAGUAAAGAUGUGUUCAAAAAACACUCCCUGAGUAUUCAGGUGAGAGAAAUUAUUUUCUUGCAUUGACUGAUUUGACAUUUAGAGGUAGACACAUCUGCUUGGCUGUUUGGCUUUGAAAUGUCUUACAGGCUGACAAGCAGGAUAUUAUUCUGCUAAAAUGAAGCACCAAGGUACACUUUACAUCAAUAAUCUGUGUGUGUGUGUGUGUGAGAGAGAGAGUGAGUGUAAUGUUUCUUUCUGUAUGUGUGUGCACUCAAGUAAUAUGUGCACAUGAUUGUAUCCCUCUCCAACAUGUAAUUUAAAUGUCAUACUCUAAAAUCCCCAGAGACCUCCUCUGUUCAUUCAUUUUGGUUUCUGGUUUGUACAUUCUCUCUCACACUGACACUGGCUUUACUUAUACAGUACACAACCCAUGCACAACCCAAGCUGAAGUUCCACCCAGAGUACAUAUUGCCGGAUCUUGUCAUCCUGAUAGCUUGUUGUGUGCAGUCUGGUUCUGUAUCAUGAAGACCUACUUACUGUAUACUGCCAUCCAAAUUGACAUGAACCAACCUGUGAACCAUUACUAUUUGUGGAUUUUGGAGCUAUGAUAUCCACGUUAUUUCCUGUUGUUUAAUAAGCUUACAAGGGGUCGACCGGGUCUUAUCAUUUGAAGGACUGGUUUUGCCACUUUACAUCCUCUCCUAGUCCAAUGGCACAUUGCAGGGAAAUAUAACUGUAUACUGUGUGACGCAUCCAGUGUUCUUGUUCAUAUUAUAGGUGCAGUUUAUAAGCUGGUCAGAUUUUGCUGCAAAAUAAGUAUUUUCUGUUUGGUCACAUAGCAUCUAUUUGCAUUCUGUGAUGUGCAUAAUAAUGUUAAUGUUGUCUCUGAUUUUCUUUUUUUCCUUUUUUUGUUUGCAUUAGAAUAUCUUUCAGAGGAUUUGUCAUUUUUUGCUUGUGUUUCUACUGCUCCUAAAACAAUGUUCAGCCAGUCAAUUAUCUCGCAGAGUUUAGUUCAGGAAGGAACACACCCAUGUCACAGACAAGCGUUGUGUGUACUGUUCAAGUUUACUAGUUUGUUCCAGCGACCUCUUUAUCACUACAGACAUAACCAGCAUAUGUGUAGUUUAUUGCAAACCAUGUAUAACUCCUUACUUGUGACAGGAGACUUAGUGAGGGUUAGUGCUCCCAUCUCUACAUAAGAGGAUAUCUCUCCCAGUUCAAAGAGUAGUGCAAUAGAGAUUGAAUUGUUAUAGAUGUCUUGUUAUUACCUGCGUAGCGAAUGUACAGUGUGAUUUUGGACUGAUGUUUUUAGGGAUGUUCUUUAUUUGUUUAGAGGUAAAAGUGUAGAGAAACACUCUGGAAAGUCAAGGGAAAACAGGGUUCAAUAAUGAAAAUGAAAUAAAAAUGUCCUGUUGAUUGAUAAUGCAAUAAUGAUUAGCUUUAUUAUUGUAUAUCUUCCGUUGAAAUGUAUUGCUAAAAGCAUCACACAUUGCUUACCUGCUGUAUAGGUUUCAGUCAUAUUUGUGCUAACAGGGAUGCUGCAAACAUGGCAGAAUUUAUGCAGAUCACACAAAAUGUAAACAAUCAGUAAAUGCUGUCAAUAAAAGAUGUGACACAUUAUACAAAGUAGGCAUCAAUCCUCUUAAUACAAAGACUUUCAAACUCUGCCAUUUCUGGCAAACACUUGUGUUAUUUACACCAAACCCGAAUGCAUUUAGUUUUGAAAUGUGUUUUGCAGUUGGACCAUUUCAGACAGUUUUGACAUGCCACUAUUCAGUUAUGGCUAUGGGUAUAUUGGUUAUUGUCCAUUACUGCUGCAGUUCACACAUCUUUGAAGUAUUACCUGCUGCUUUUCUCCUGUAUCCAUAGUAUUAAACUGUUUGGAGUGUGGGUGCACCAAACUCAUUGCCCACAACUCUAUGUAUUGCUUCAUCAUAAUUCCUGCUAGGACUGACAUUCAUUGAAGUAUUCUGUUCUUGAAUUGUGCUAUCUGACCACAAGUUGUGAUAUUCGUGGUGCAAUGCAUCCCAUUAUGUACAAAAGUAUACAUACAUGAUAAUGUAUUUAUGUACAUUUUUGUCUUCAUCUGUAUAUCUCUUGAUUAUAUUUUCAGGAGUUUUGAUGUUUGGGUCUAUGGGUCCUCCGAAUUCUCCUUUUUAAUUUUUAAUCCAAUCAACAUUCUGUUUUGUCAACUCGCAUGAAAAUGUUUUAAUGUAACAAUAUAUUUAUAUUGAUUAUAUGAUAUGUGGGCACUGGAUAAUUGUGGAAUUAGACCUCUUAGAUCAUUGCAUGUUUUAUAAGGAUAACAUUGCUGGAUCUUUAAUGUAGGUAUUUCAGCCAGAGACAGGAAUGGUUUACUUUGUGUAAGAAAUAUAUUGAGUUGUUUUGUUUCA